AUGAGAGUGAUAGCAGCAAUAUUAAACAUUGUUCUCGCAAUUUGCAGCCUUGGAAUCCAAGGUUACGUCCCGUCCUAUCCCUCCAUCUCCUUCAAUGUGACAGGUGCCACCUUGAUCAUAUACAAAGACUUCAUGUGGCAACUGCGAGAAAUCGUGUCAUGGAGAACCCGUACAAAUAAUGAUCUACCAGUGCUGAACCUCGAAAGUGAUGUGUUGGUUGGGCACCGGUUCGUUCUGGCCGGUCUCAGCAAUGACACUAACGACACAGUCACCUUGGCAAUAGAUGUGGUGAACCUUUAUGUUGUGGCUUAUUGUUUCGAUAACGAAUCCUACUUUUUCGACGACGCUACACCACUUCAACUCAACAAUUUAUUCAACAGCACCCAUCAAAACCAGUUAGACUUCAACAACAGCUAUAUCAGCCUUGAGAAAAUCUCAGGAGUUAACAGGACCGAACGUCCUCUGGGACCAGGUCCCCUACUUGACGCCAUCGCAGUGUUGUGGUACAGUGGGAACUUGCCCCCAUCGGUCAUAGCCGAAUCGCUCAUUACGUUCUUUGAGAUGGUCUCGAACGCGACAAGGUUCAAAUACAUUGAGGAACAAGUCCGCGAAAGCAUAACCCGUGCAAACACUUUUACACCAAAAGGUUUGAUAGUGAGCAUGGAGGACGAAUGGAGGUCUAUGUCCAAGCAAGUUCUGCUUUCGCCAGAUGGAGAAAACUUCAUUAACUUCGUUCAGCUUCAAAAUGACAAUAACUAG